AUGGAUUCACAGCCCCUGCCUUUAUAUCCGAAGAAGACUACCCAUAAAGAAGGAGGCUCAUUGACAAUUCAAAGUCUCCCACCGGAGUUAAGUCAAGCGAUCUGGAAGUUGUCAUUGAACAACAAUCGAUUCAUAAAAAUACACUGGGCGUACAAGACGAAUGACGAUCUGCAUAGAAACUCCGUUGCCAAUGACUUUUAUGCGACCUACGAUAAGAUCGAGGUCCUAGAAGUUUCUUCGGAGUCGCGCACUCUUGCAUUGAAAAAUUACAAAUUGUGCUUAGGCAAAGAUAUACGCCAUCCGAUUUACAUCAACGGUAACAAAGAUAUUCCCAGAUUCACGAAUUUGACACUUACACAGAUCACCUACUCUUCACACGUCGAUGGUGUCUGGGGUGUCUUGAGCGUUCAAGCUGCUAGCAUCAAGCGCAUUGCUGUUGAGAUGCGAAACGAUUCUAAUAUUUUCGAGGCUCGAAGAAGCUUAACUGAAGUAGGGUUGUUGGUUUCUGCCAUCCUGCUGUUCGCUACCUUGGAAACGAUAUUCGUGCAGCCAUCGUGCGUCAUUAGUCCCAUCUUCUGA